AUGGCUCCACCGCCUCAAACAACUUCAACCUAUGAUGCUGAAGCCUUAUCUGAUGAAGCUGAAGUUCUACGCCUGAAAUUGGAAUCUGAAUACCAGACCCAACAGGUACGCAACACUCCUGUUCCUCUCAUUCCAAGUGAAAGUAAUGUUUCCUCUUUCUUCAAGUCUAGUGUUGAAUCUGCGGUUAAGGGCUUCAAUGAAAAGAUAGAAGUAAUAAAAGGUAUUGGGCCUAAGGUAUAUAACUUUGCUGAUGAGUUGCAGAGAAUUAAAAGGUUUGGAUCAAAAGUAAGGGAUAUUGAUGAGAAGUUAAAGAGUAUAGCAAAAGAAGAUAUUGUUCUAGGUUUGAGCCCUAGCAUCGGAUCUGGGUCCUCGAGGUUUAGGUUAUUCAAUCAAAGGCUACCGACGAGUUCUUUGGUGAUGAGAUCUAAAGUUGUUGGUAGAGAGGAAGAUAUGGAGAAGAUUAUUGGAUGGUUGUUAACGGGCCAAGAUAGUGACAAUAACUUCUCAGUGCUACCCAUAGUUGGUAUGGGUGGGGUCGGAAAGACGACCCUUGCUCAACUUGUUUACAAUGAUGAGAGAGUUAAGAAGCAUUUUGGUCUAAAAGCUUGGGUCUGUGUAUCGGAAGAUUUUGAUGUGGUGAGAUUAACUAAAGAAAUUCUCGAGUCAACCAUUGGGUCAUCCCUUUCUUCUAACUCAUUGGAUGUGCUACAGGUGAAACUUCAAGAUGUAUUGAGUGAAAAAAGAUUUUUAUUGGUUCUAGAUGACAUGUGGAACGAAAAGUAUGAUAGAUGGGAUACCUUAAGGACCCCUUUUGCAUUCGGUGAAUCUGGAAGCAAGAUAUUAGUUACAACACGACACAAACGUGUUGCAUCAAUUGUGAGUACUGUUCCGAAUGAUCAUGACCUAAAAGGUCUAUCAGACAUGGAUUGUUUUGAACUAGUAAGAAGGCAUGCUUUCAGAGAUGGAAAUUCACUUCAUGCAAAUGGAAAGUUGGAAGUAUUUGGAGAAAAAAUUGUGAAGAAAUGCAAGGGUUUACCUUUGGCUAUAAAGACACUUGCGGGUCUCUUGCGAGAUAAAAGGGAGAAUGGCGAGUGGAAAGAUCUUUUGGAGAAUGAAAUAUGGGAUUUAAGAGAGAGUGAGAUCCUUCCAUCGCUCAUGCUGAGUUACUAUCAUCUUCCACCAAUUCUGAAGAGAUGCUUCACGUAUUGUGCUUUGUUUCCCAAAGAUUACGUAUUUAACAAGAUUGAAAUAGUCAUGUUGUGGAUGGCAGAAGGUAUUGUUCAACCAAAAGGAAGAAAACGACUGGAAGAUAUAGGGGCUGCAUAUUUUGAUGAACUAUUUAUGAGGUCCUUCUUUGAGUUAUCGAAUCGCCGUCCUUCUAAUGAGGCAUCAUCCCCUUUUGUUAAGCCAAGCAUUAUAUAUGAGGAAAUUUUUUUUGACUUGUCAGAAAAACUUUACAUCAAGUCAUUUUUUGAGUCAUCCAAUAACAUGGGAUUAGGGUUUGUGAUGCAUGACUUGAUCCAUGAUUUAGCGCAAUAUGUUUCGGGUGGAACAUAUUGUAGGAGAGAAGAGUAUGAUAAGCCAUCAAAGGUUCUUACAACAGCCCGCCAUUUGUCCUACCUUAAAAGGAAUUGUAAUGUUGAGGCACCAGAAUUUGUGACCAUGAAAAGCUUACGCACCCUUCUAGAUCUAGAAUACUAUGGUGACAAUUUUUUGAGUAUCAAGUGGUUUUUUCCCACUAUGGAAUAUCAAUUUCAAUUCCUACGUGUGCUACGUUUUAGAAAAUGUAGCAAUCCUGAGUUGCCUAAUUCAAUUGGCAAGUUGAAACAUCUCAGGCUUCUUGAUUUCUCAUUUUCUGAUGUUGAAAGGUUACCCGAUUCAAUUACAAGUCUUUGCAAUCUACAAACAUUGAUCCUAAUUCAUUGUUGGAGCCUUAGAGAGUUGCCUAAAGAUAUGGGUAACAUCUCAGGCUUCUUGAUUUCUCAUUUUCUCCCUGCAGUGUCAUGGGGGGAUUCCUAUAAAAUGCCAUUAGGAAUGGGUAACUUAACUAACCUUCAAACGCUGAGCACAUUUGUUAUGGGGUCAAAAAAUAGUAGCGAGUUGAGGGACUUAUCCCUACUCCGUGGUACUCUGGAAAUUUCAAAUUUGGAAACUAUAGGGAAUAAUGAGAAAGAAGCUAUGGUGGAUAGUUUAAAAAACAAGGUGCACCUUCUUGGGGUACGGCUGCGUUGGAGUGAGUACGGAAGCGAUGUUAGUUUUUGUGAUUUGGGGAGAGAUGAAAAAAUAGAGGAGGAUGUACUUGACCAACUACAUCCUCAUACCAAUCUUGAAUCUCUAUGGAUAGAAGAUUAUGGAGGUAUGAGAUUCCCAAGCUGGAUAGGGCAUCAUUCCUUCUCUAAUUUAGAGAUUGUGAGUCUCAUUGACUGUUGCAAAUGCAAGUUCUUGCCUCAUCUUAGGCAACUGCCAUUGCUCAAACACCUAGUCAUUGAAGGGUGCAGUGCUAUAAAAAUUAUAGGAAGUGAGUUAUAUGGAGAUGGCUCAUCAUCAGCUAAUAAGCAAUUUCGAUCAUUAGAGACACUACGCAUUGGAAGGAUGGACGAGUGGGUGGAAUGGUCUGAAGUGGUUGAAGAAGAACAAGGAGAAGAUGGAGGACAAUUUCCUUGCCUCCUUGAGCUGACUAUAUGGUGUUGUCCCAAGCUAAGGAUGUUUUCUCACCACUUUCCUGCAUUGGUGGAACUAGAAAUAGGAAUGUGUCAUGACCUAAGGAGAAGAUGGAGGAUUUUCCUUCAUUGCUAUAUCAGGUGA